AUGGCGCCGUACAUGGACGCGCUCGGGGAGCUCCCCUCCGGCUCGGACUCGGACGGCGACGAGGAGGAGACGCCCGCGGAACCCCCGACGACGAAGGCGCCGGAGCUCGAUUACGAGACGCUGAAGAGGAACGGCUACGCGGGCGCGCGCGCGCUGACGAUCCCGGAGAAGGCGAACGCGGACGCGGGGUCGUUCCAGUGGAGUCGAGGGCGCGCGGGCGACAACGAGAGGGACACGAUGUCGCGCGAGGAGCUCAGGGCGAUCACGCACGAACGCCUGCACGAGACGUGCGCGAGCGCGAUCGCGAGCGCGGAGGAGAACAGGAAGAGGAAGGAGCUCGACCGCGCGGAGAGGGAAGAGGCGAUCCGGAAUCGACGACGGCUGGAACGCGAGGCGCGCGACGCGCUGGCCGCCGCCGCCGCCGAGGAGGACGACGCGAAGAAGAAGCGCCACAAGUCGUGGAACCAGAAAGAGAAGAAGAAGCGCGCGUUCGGGCAGGCGAAGGGAGGCGGCGGGGACUGGGUCCAAGAGGAGAAGCGAUUGUUGCGAGGCGCCGAGGGCGGCGGCGGCUUCGGAUUCGACUGA